AUGACAACACUUCUAUCCUACGAUUUAGCAAGUUUCAGCUCUAUGAGCGCCCUCUGUGACCAUAUUAAACGACUAGAAAGCCGCUGGGGCCGUCUCUAUCAUUUUACUAACAGUACUAGCCUGGUGGAAACAGUCAACUUCGAGACCGAUGAAGCACUCCUGACCGGCGAGUCUCUUCCCGUCCAGAAGGAAUGUGACUCAACAUUUAAAGAAGACACUGGCCCUGGCGACCGUCUCAAUAUUGCUUAUAGCUCGAGCACGGUCACCCGUGGCCGUGGCCGUGGUGUCGUCGUCAGUACAGGUAUGUCCACGGAGAUCGGUUCCAUUGCUCUCGCAUUGCGGGGUAGUGACAGUAAGCGUCGUCCCGUCAAGCGUGAUCCUAACGGUGAAACCAAGAAGCGACAGUACUUCCAGGCUUGGACUCUCACCGGGACGGAUGCUGUGGGUCGAUUUCUCGGUAUCAAUAUCGGAACGCUCUUACAAAGGAAGCUGUCAAAACUUGCCUGUUUACCAUUUGGAGUUACUGUUAUUUUUGCCAUUGUGUGCAUGGCUGCGAAUCUCUUCAGCAGCAAUACCGAAGUCAUCAUGUAUGCAGUUGCAACCGGUAUUAGUAUGAUUCCGGCGUGCCUGGUGGUCGUGCUCACAAUUACUAUGGCAGUAGGUACCAAGCGCAUGGUCCAGCGGAACGUAAUUGUUCGCAAGUUAGACACGUUGGAAGCACUCGGUGCCGUCACCGACAUCUGUUCCGAGAAGACCGGAACUUACUCUAUUGGCACAUCUAAUGAGACAUUCAAUCCUACCAUUGGAGAUGUCACCUUCACACCAGUAUCUCCUUUGCAAUUCGAUGACGAGAAGGAAGGUCCCGCAGCAGAAAAUGCAGAAGGCCUAGUCUCGGGAAAACGCCAGCUCGAGGAUUUCUUGGACGUCGCGUCUAUGGCCAACCUCUCUCAUGUAUACAUGUCCGAAGAGGGCGAAUGGAACGCGCGGGCCCUAGUGCCAAUGACUGAUGACCACCGUGAAAAAAUCUUUCAGAACAUGGAGGAACUUGCCAAGCUGGGACUUCGGGUAUUGGCUCUAGCUCAUCGACCGUAUACUGGUCAGGCACAACUGCUCGAAGGUUCCGACCUGGAACGUGAGGAUGUAGAGAAUGAUCUGUGCUUCCUGGGACUGAUCGAAUUGUAUGAUCCUCCGCGCCCCGAGACAGCGAACUCAAUACAAGCCUGUUACCGGGCUGGUAUUGUUGUCCAUAUGGUCACUGGCGAUCACCCUGGCACUGCCAAAGCGAUUGCUCAGCAAGUGGGAAUUCUUCCUGCUGAUUUCAACGCAGUGGCGGCCGAUGUCGCGGACGCCAUGGUAAUGACGGCUAGUCAAUUCGACAAACUCACUGAUGAAGAGGUGGAUUCGCUUCCGACUCUGCCUUUGGUCAUUGCACACUGCACCCCACAGACUAAGUAUCGCUAUGGGACAGGCAGGUUCCGAUUGGCCAAAGAUGCAUCUGACAUUAUACUUACGGACGAUAACUUCGCGUCAAUUCUCAAUGCCGUUGAAGAAAGUCGUCGUAUCUUUGAUAAUAUUCAAAAAUUCGUGCUUCAUCUUUUGUCAGAAAACAUCGCUCAGGCCUGUACCUUACUUAUCGGACUGGCUUUCAAAGACGCUGAUAAUCAAUCUGUCUUCCCUCUGUCACCGGUCAAAAUUCUCUGGAUUAUCAUGAUUACAUCGGGCAUAUUCACCUGGGAGGUGAUCAUCGACAUUCUGGUGUAUGGUAUCUGGACCGCAGCGCUCUGCCUGGCGGCAUUCUCUGUCCGCAUGUGGGGAUUCGGUGACGGUAAACUGGCCCGCGGUUGCAACAAGGAGUGGUCAGAAAAGAUCAAAGACCGCGAACUAGUCUUCCGAGCACGUGCCACCACGUUCGUGUGCCUGACUUGGUUUGCGCUGUUCCUGGCUUGGGAAAUGGUCAACAUGCGCCGGUCUUUCUUCCGCAUGCAGCCAAAAUCCAAGAAAUACUUUACACAGUGGAUGUACGACGUCUGGCGGAACAAGUUUCUUUCCUGGUCCAUCAUGGCCAGAUGGAUCACCAUGUUCCCUGUCCUCUACAUCCCCGUUUUGAACGACGUCGUCUUCAAACAUAAGCCCAUCACCUGGGAAUGGGGCAUUGUGGCGGUCGAGGCUGUUCUGUUCUUCAUUGGCGUUGAAGCCUGGAAAUGGGCUAAGCGAGUCUUCUUCCGUCGCAGAGCCCGAAAAUAUCCGAAAUCGAGUCCGUUAGAAGACAUUCCGGAGCGACUUUAA